UCCUUCAGAUCUGAUCACUUCUCUUCAGAAACAUGGCUGCCGAAGCUGUUUUGUCUUCCGUUCUUAGUGUUGUUUUUGACAGGAUGUCCUCUCCUGAAGUUGUUAACUGGAUCAAAGGGAAGAAACUUACUCAGAAGCUGAUUGAAAGGUUGAAGACUAAUCUUUAUGCUGUUCAAGCCUUUCUCAUCGAUGCUGAGCAGAAGCAGAUCAAGGAGAGACCUGUCAAGGACUGGCUUGAUAGUCUCAAACAUGCCAUGUAUCUUGCUGAUGACUUGCUUGAUGAAGUCUUCACCAAAGCUGCCACUCAGAAGGAUCCAGGUACCUUCCUCUCUCGUUUUCUCAAUUUGAAAGAUAGGGAUGUAGCAAACAGGAUGGAGGAAGUCAUUGAUAGGAUAGAGUCUCUUGUGAUUCAAAAAGACACUCUUGGUCUCAGAGAGAUUCCUAAGGAGAACAUGUCAUGGAGGAUCACUACAUCUCUAGUUGAAACAUCUGAUGUAUGUGGCAGGGAAGAAGACAAGGAGGCCAUAGUAAAACUGUUGUUGGAUGAUGAUGGUGAUGAUGAUACUGGUGGUCAUAGUGAUGUAUCUGUGAUUCCCAUUGUGGGCAUGGGUGGGAUAGGAAAGACUACUUUGGCCCAAUUGGUUUACCAGGAUGGCAAAGUGAAGGAGAAUUUUGAUUUUCAAGCUUGGAUUUGUGUGUCAGAAGAGUUUGAUGUUUUCAAGGUCACCAAGACUAUAAUCGAGGCAAUAACUAAAAGUUUUUGCAGCUUGACAGAUUUGAAUUUGCUUCAGCAUGAUUUAAAAGAAAAGUUGUCAAGGAAGAAGUUCUUUGUUGUCUUGGACGAUGUAUGGAGUGAAAGUUACGAAGAUUGGGAUAAACUUCUAAAACCUUUUCGCAAAGGGGUUAAGGGAAGUAAAAUUCUCAUAACUACUAGAAGUAAAAGAGUGGCUUCGGUGGUGCAAACUGUUUCACCUUAUGAACUGAGCUUAUUGUCUGAGGAAGAUUGUUGGUUAGUGUUUUCAAAACAUGCACGUCUCUCAACUGGUUCUAUGGAGAAUCCAACCUUGAGAAAAGUUGGCAGAGAUCUCGUAAAGAAGUGUGAUGGAUUGCCCUUGGCAGCUCAAGCCCUUGGAGGCUUAUUGCGCGGAAAUUCUGAUGUCAAGUAUUGGAAUCAUUUAUUGAAGAGUGAGAUCUGGGAACUCUCCCAUGUUAAGAUAAAGGUUGUUCCUGCAUUAAAAAUCAGUUAUUACUAUCUUCCUUCUUAUUUAAAGGAGUGCUUUGUUUAUUGUUCUUUGUAUCCCAAAGACUAUGAAUUUAGCAAAGAGGAAUUGAUAUUGCUUUGGAUGGCAGAGAAUUUUUUGCAGAAUUUUUUGCAACCAGCAGGAAAAAAGACUCCAGAAGAAGUUGGUGAUAAAUAUUUUGACGAAUUAGUUGCGAGAUCAUUUUUCCAACCUCAUAGUACUCUUGAAAACAUAUUUGUGAUGCAUGAUCUGGUGCAUGAUUUGGCAAUGAUAUUUGCUGGAGAAUUCUAUUUCAGGGCUGAAGAGUUUGAGAAUGCAGUUGAGGUUGAUAUUAAAACUCGCUAUUUGUCACAUAAUGCCAAAGGCAAUUAUCCAAUCUCAAAACUUUUGGGAGUUUGUGACCGAGUAAAACAUACAAGGACAUUUCUUGAAAUCAAUUUGGAGCGAGAGGUUCCAUUUAACAUGGAAAAUGCACCUUAUAUCUUGUUGUCAAAGUUGAAGUACCUGAGGGCUUUGUCAUUCAAAUUCUAUCCGCUCGAGUCAUUGCCUGAUUCAAUAGGCAAGUUGAUUCAUUUGCGUUACUUGGAUUUGUCUUGGACCUGCAUCAUGACAUUGCCGGAUACACUUCGCAACUUGUAUAAUUUACAGACAUUGAAGCUGGUUGGAUGUAGGAAACUAAAAGCCCUUCCUGUUGGCAUGAAAGAUCUUACAAAUUUGCGUUACCUUGAUAUUAGAUGGACUGGUUUGCAGGAGAUGCCAGAAGGCAUGAGCAAAUUGACAAGUUUGCAGGUUUUAAGCAACUAUAUUGUUGGGGAGCGUGAAGGAAACAAGAUUAAUGAAUUGGGAGCACUUGCAAAUCUACACCAAACAAUUUCGAUUGACAAAUUGGAGAAUGUGGUCAAUAGCAGCGAAGCUUUGGAGGCAAGAAUGUUUGAUAAGGAUGGCAUUGAAUCUUUGAUCUUGAAGUGGUCGCCAGAUAAAUACGAGAAUAUAGUUGAUUCUCAAAUUGAAAGAGAUAUACUUGAAGAGUUACGACCUCAUAGUAAUUUGAAACAACUACAAAUUUGUGGUUACAGGGGUACAACAUUUCCAGAUUGGUUGGGACAUUGUUCUUACCACAACAUCACCCAAAUAACACUCGGCGGUUUUUUUUCGGGUUAUUUCAAGAAUUGUUGUAUGCUUCCUUCACUUGGACAGCUGCCCUCUUUGAAGCUUCUGGAAAUUUCAAAGUUUGAAAGGCUUGCUAUUGUGGGGGCUGAGUUUUACCGAAAUGAUGCAUCUUGUAUGGAGACUCCAUUUCCAAUGCUUGAAACUCUUAUAUUUGAGUCAAUGCCUUGCUGGAAGGAAUGGCGUUCGUUGGAGUUCAAUGCAUUUCCUCGACUUAGGAAGCUUAUCAUAUGGGAUUGUCCCAUGUUGAGCGGAGAUUUGCCAAAUCAACUACCAUCUUUGCAAUCACUUGAUAUUGAGAAUUGCAAGCUGCUCAGUUGUUGUGUUCCAAGAGCUGCCGCGAUUACCUCUUUACGCAUAGAAGGAAGCAAAAAAGUGAGAAUUGGGGAGCUACCUCCUUUGCUGGAUAAUCUAUCAAUUAAUGGAAAGCAUCAAGUGGAGUCGGUGAAGGAGGCCAUUGCGCACACCCAACUCACUUGCCUCACAUCUUUAUCCAUCUCAGGUUAUUUGUGUGCUACAGGGGAUCCACACAGUAGCUUGAGAUAUCUUAUCAUCAGCUACUGCGAGAAACAACUCAGCUGUGUAGCAUCGCUGUUUCAUGGGCUUACUCAUCUUCAUAUUGAAGGUGAAUGUGAGAGUGUGAAGUAUCUCCCUAAGGAAGGUUGGUUGCCUGCCACCCUUGAGUCUCUCACAUUGGAUGGCAUUAAAAGUGUGGAGAUGUUGGAAUGCAAGGGACUUGCCCACCUCACCUCCCUCCAACAAUUAUCUAUUCAUCAUUGUUCCAAUAUGGAGAACAUUGACGGAGAAAAGCUGCCUUCCUCUCUGUUGCGACUCAGCAUCUAUGGAAGCCCUUUGGGGAAACGGUGUGAGAAGAAGGACCCGCAGGUUUGGCCCAAAAUUUCCCACAUCCCCGCCAUUCAAGUUGAUGCCAGAUGGAUUUCGUAAUCCAACAACUUUAACAGCUUUUCCAACAAGAGAUAACUUGUGCAGUUACGAUUUUGCUUUUCAUGCAUCAAUAAUAUUCAAUCAUUGUAAUACUCACAGGAAUUCUCAGAAACAAGACAAUGAUAAUAACUGCAACAGAGGAAGGUUCUUGAGGACAUAAGUGAUUUGGAAACCUCAUGACUAAAGUGAAAGCAACUGAGCAAGCAGGGACAAUCAUGGACACAGUCCAAGAGAUUCAAGAGCGGCAUGACACGCUGAUUGAUAUAGAGAGGAGCCCCAAUGAACUUCAUCAACUGUUCUUGGACAUGACUGUUUUGGUCCAAUCACAAGGUAAGCAACUCAAUGACAUACAGAGCCAAUUCGUAUGUCUGCGGUGGGUCCAUCCGUUCCAGUUUGCAAGGAAGCACCAGAUGAAUACCGCAAGUCCACCUUCAUUGCCUUCAUAAUAUUGAUCAUUUUCAUACUGAUUAAUUUAGUUUUGAUGGGAUAUUGAUUCGUGGCUAUGAACAAAUUGGACUAAUUCAAAACAACAUAUGCUCUCAGUGUGUCACAUAACCAUUGCAUUGUAAAAUGAUACCUUGUUUGUUUUUCUGGAACCUACCCUUUUGAAGAUCGAGACUUUCAUGUUCAUGGUCUGGAAGGUUAUAUUUGUAGUGAAAUAAGAGUG